AGCAGGGGCGGUGCUGUGUCUCUUUCCACUCCGUGGUGGCCAGCUCAUGACGCUGUCGGGUUGCAACAUGUUUUUUUAGUAAUAAGUUAUGCAAUGGUUAAAUUUAGUUUUGAAGUCAAGGUAUUAUAUAAUAGUCUUAUUCACAACCCAGACUUAUUCAUGACAUAGGGUUGCCAGCGAUCACGUCGUCGUUGUGCUGUAUGUAUUUUCCGUAUAUUCAGAUUCAAUGAUUGCUAGAUCUGGUGGAUUGUGUUGGCUGGCUGGUCUUGAACCUGACCAUACGUCGUGCCCUCCCCUGGCUACGUCAUUGAUACCAAAACGGGUCAUGAACAAGAGAAGCGGCGUGGCUCCCUGCCUGCUGGAUACAUUAACAGGCAUUAGCCUGUGUAGAAGGGGUAUUUGGCCACCUGGAGAAGUUUAAAGGUAGCCUGGUCCUACCAGACUCUCGUACAUCAUUUCAUUUGCACAGAGAGUCUGGACCCACUCAAUUGACUAACGUUAACUCACUUGAAGGCGAGUGUCUGUUGAAGUUUAAAACUAUUGGAUCUACACAGUGCAACUCUGGAUGUGCCAUAACCAAUUGUUAACGUUUGGUCGUGACGUAUGUCAUGCGCCGUGACCGGCCGGGAAUCAUGUUGCGCGCAGUCUGUAAACAUCCAAACACCUUGCGUGAAGAUGUCCGUCCACGAGAGCUGACUUUAACGUCAUUGUUCUCAGCCACUCCCUCUGUGCCCUGAUUGGACGCACACAUUUUGGAUGGAGAAAACCUGCGAAUAUACCAAACCCAGACCAGACGUAGUACUGAAGGGAAAUUGAGUGGAAGUACUUUAGUUUAAAGGUACUGCGGCCUCACUUUAUAGCUUGCUUUUCUUUGAGACCUUUUCUUGGAGAACAUUUGCACAAUAUUUAUUUUUGACUUUGAUUCCACCAUUAUCAAGCCCUUUCACCUCUUAACCUAGCGACAAACUCAUAAUCUCACCUCGUUCUUGAUGACUCUCUGAUUAGUCGGAAUGGUAUUGAUAAGAUGGCCGCACCCUGGGCCAGAGGGCCUCUGUAUCUGCUACUUAACAGAUGUGAGAAGGGCCUGCUCUCUGGCCUCUAUAGGCCAUAUGUAUGUAUACUAUGCAUGCAGGGUGUCCGAUAAGGACCCCUGUGAAGGAAGCAAAUGCACCGGGUGGUGUGAGCAGCUGACCGGGACGUCUAGUAUAGUAGGCUUAUGUUUUGGUGGCCAAUGCCAUGCCAAAGCCACAAGGACAGAUUUUGUAGUUGUUUUUGAUCCAGAGUCGUGGCUGGACCUUUUAGUUUUGUUUGGAGCAGUCACACACAAAGGGUGUGUUUUUAACAGAGCAGCAUGAGCCAUGAGUUUAUUCAUUGAGGGAAUAUGUUUACUAAGCUACAAUGUCGGGAAGAGUCCUGUCCAAAGCAACACACCCAUUUGGUCGAGGCCUGUGUGACUCUGAACACGGGGUAGUUUAUCAUUAACUAACAACGAGCAGUCGGCUCUGAACUGUUGCUCAACACACUGAGCCUCUUUGAAAAGCUUGUUGUGGUUGGCCUGAUAAUCACUCAAACACAGGAAUAGAUUCAUACCCUUUAAAGCAAAUUAACCACCACCUGGCUACCAAGCUUUUUCUAAUGACACUAGUUUUUGUAUAUUGAUUUAAAAUCAAAUGGUUUUCAAUCAGGCCUAGGCUUAUUAAUGGAUAUCCUGUCGCCUUCUGUCUGGACAUGUCAUUGUUUAUCUCUGAAACAUGACGUUGCUCACUAACAUGAGUCACUGCCUUUUUAUUUGGUCAUCACCUGACUGUGUGUUCGGUCCCCCGUCACGGCAGAAACCCGUUCAAAACAAUUCUUGUCUAUUCACAGUCUUCAUGGAACAGCACUGGCGAUAGGCCGCUGGAUAGUUGGCAAUUAGCAUUACUCUGUGUUCAUAUCACUGGACUCAUUCUCUACUGGACAGUGCGCUGCGCCUGGUCGCCCCUGGUUACCCUCCACCAUGCCUUUCCCCUUCGGCAAGUCCCACAAGUCGCCUGCGGACAUCGUGAAGAACCUGAAGGAUAGCAUGGCGGUGCUGGAGAAGCACGACAUCUCGGACAAGAAAGCCGAGAAGGCCACGGAGGAGGUGUCCAAGAGCCUGGUGGCCAUGAAGGAGAUCCUAUACGGCACCAAUGAGAAGGAGCCCCAGACAGAGGCGGUGGCCCAGCUGGCCCAGGAGCUGUACAACAGCGGGCUGCUCAGCACCCUGAUCGCUGACCUGCAGCUCAUCGACUUUGAGGGUAAGAAGGACGUGGCUCAGAUCUUCAACAACAUCCUGAGGCGCCAGAUCGGCACUCGGACGCCCACCGUGGAGUACCUCUGCACCCAGCAGAACAUCCUCUUCAUGCUGCUCAAGGGGUACGAGUCCCCGGAGAUCGCCCUGAACUGCGGCAUCAUGCUGAGGGAGUGCGUGCGGCACGAGCCGCUGGCCAAGAUCACACUGUGGUCGGAGCAGUUCUACGACUUCUUCAGAUAUGUGGAGAUGUCCACGUUCGACAUCGCCUCAGACGCAUUCGCCACUUUCAAAGACCUACUCACGAGACACAAGCUACUAAGCGCCGAGUUCCUGGAGCAACAUUACGACAAGUUUUUCAGCGAAUACGAGAAGUUGCUCCACUCUGAAAACUAUGUGACCAAAAGGCAAUCUCUCAAGCUACUUGGGGAGCUGCUUCUCGACCGGCACAACUUCACCAUCAUGACGAAAUACAUCAGCAAGCCGGAGAACCUCAAGCUCAUGAUGAACCUCCUGCGAGACAAGAGCCGCAACAUCCAGUUCGAAGCCUUCCACGUCUUCAAGGUGUUUGUGGCCAACCCAAACAAGACGCAGCCCAUCCUUGACAUCCUGCUGAAGAACCAGACCAAGCUCAUCGAGUUCCUCAGCAAGUUCCAGAACGACCGGACGGAAGACGAACAGUUCAACGACGAGAAGACCUACCUGGUCAAACAGAUCCGGGACCUGAAGCGGCCCGUCCCCCAGGAGGCCUGAGGGGAGUCUGGGGGGUGGGCGGCUGAGAGAGUUGAUGGGAGGA